CUCUACAUUAUAGGGCUGUUGACAAUCUGCAUCUACAGUUGCACUUCAAGUGGCAGGUGAGAAGGUAAGAACCACAUUCAGCGCGGUUGAUGCGGGGAUUUAUAUGAAUUGACAUUCACAUGGGCUGCCGCGUGCCUGCUUAGUAAGGUAUAAGGCUUUAUUGGAGGACUGGCCGGAAAUUACAAUAAAUCCAGAACCCUUGAUCCUGAUAUUUUAUCCCAAAUUAUUCAUACAGUUUGGUGAGGUCAAAUUAAGAACAUCGACAAAACUGAGAUGGAUAUCAACGUGACCAACAAAACUAUACCUAUCGUACCAUGUAGAGAUUUCAACUGUAUACCUUUCAUCGUGAUAAACGUGUUGCAAGCGUUGUUAUGUUUGACAGUCAAUGCCGUCAUGUUUUUAGCGUUUUUGAAAUACCCAUGGCUGCGCACCCAGACGAACAUGAUAAUCUUUAGUAUGGCUAUAUCUGAUCUACUCAUUGCCAGCGUUGUUAUUCCUUACCAAACACUGGGCAUUUACGUGGUUUAUCUUGUACCUUCGUUACAAUAUCUAAUGGACGAUAUGUACUUUUGCUUUGCAAGACUUGCCUUGGGUUCUAUAUUCAAUUCCGUUGGUAUCAUGCAUUUGGUUUUGAUUGCCAUUGAAAGAUAUAUGAAAAUAUGUCGCCCCUUGGCCUACAGCUCCAUCAUGUCAAAGAGACACGUCCUUGCCGGCUGCAUAUUUAUUUAUAUGUUUAGAAUUGCAAUUGCCUGUUUACACUUGGUUUGGUUUAAAUGGGCACCGGGCACUGAUUGCAAGGUAGAAAAAGUUCUGAAUCCUGUGUUGUUACGCGGGAACACAGCUCUUUUGGUUCCAAUAUUCCUUGCAUCUGUUGGUUGUUACGUCGCAAUAUUUCGAAGAGUUGUGCUUAUAAGACGAAACCAAAACCAAGCCUCUUCACUAAUUGUUAUACCGAAACAGGUUUCUGACAUUCAAGACACGUGCGCUAUUGAGACAGUGGAUUCUGGUGUAUAUCGAGAAGCAAAUGAAGAUAAUUGCUCUAUUCCUUCUCAGAGCUCAGUACAAGGAAUCCAUGUUCAGUUCGAUAAUGAAGACAGUGCAUGCUCUGGAUCACGUGACACACUCUCAGGUGACACACUGACAGGGGUAACUGUCAUGUCUAGGUCAUUUUCAGUGAGACAAAAAGAUGGAAAAACUAAACACAGGAGCAGGAAAGGAAGACUUGAACAGAAUGCAGAGAUGCAUCAGUCAAGGAAGGAAUGUAGAUUAAUCAAAACAAUUCUAAUAACAGAAUGUGUGUAUCUGAUGUUUUAUUUUCCAUAUGUAUUGUUUUUAUGGGCUAGUAUCAGCAAGGAAGAUGAGAUGUGGUUCGUCUUAACAAGAUAUGUUUUAAAGUCACUUUUUACUGUUGGUUGCGGAACGAACCCUAUCAUUUACGGGGUGCUCAACAGAAACUACAGACUUGCCAUGAAGCAACUUUUGAGAAUGAGAGGUGCUAGAUGACUUAAUUUAGACUUUAUAUGCCAAUGGGAUCGAAUUUACUGGGUCAAUCACGAACACUAAACUAAUCAUCCAUAUUUAGUGUCUCUUUAAAAAGGUGUGUGACGUACUUGAUGGAUCCUUCAAGUCGCCCCGGAGGCCGUGUUAAUUUGUGAUUGGCCUAGAAAACCUGAUUCGCAGGCGUCAAUACGCAAUGCGUGUAGGAUGUCGGUGCUUAAGAACUUUUUCAAGCAGAUAGAUAAUAUUCAAAGGUUUCGUGUCCAAGAGACAGACAAGAAUUGCCUUAUCCUGUAUUCUAAUUAAAGUGAUUUAUAUAAGUUUUUUUUUGCGUUUUUACCAUCUCUAUUUACUUGUUGGUAUAAUUCAUAAUGUACU